UCUAACAAGACAGUCAUGAAUUUUUCAGUCUAAGCUAAUUGUCGAUCCAGCAACAUUCAAUCCAAAUGAAUGCAUGAAAGAUUUCAAGUCCGAAGUCAGCAAGUCAAAAAUGCUAAAAGAUGACCUCCUGUACUUUCCUGUUGUGAAAGACUACCACUGGAUUGUGUGUUCUAUCAAUCUUGUGCACAAGCAGUACCACAUUUUUGAUUCAUUGCUUAAAGCUGAUGGUACCAGCAAGUUGCAAGAAGCUGCAAAUAAUCUGUUCACAAACUUCAGGAGGCUUGUCAAUGAGUUAGGUCUAGCAAAGAUUGAUUGGUCCGUUUACAACUUGUCUACACCUGACCAUCCACAACAGAAGACAACGUUUGAUUGUGGAUUCUUCUGUCUUCUGUACAUGGACCAUUUCACAGGGAAGGUGGUGGCAGAGUUUGAUGACAAGGUCAUUCCAGAUUUUCGCAAGUACAUAGCAUCAAGUCUGAUCAACAAUAGAGACAACGCAGAGUCGGUUGAAAAGCUUAUGGAUGCUGAGUUGCAGUCCAAGUAGGAGUUUCUGUAGUUUGAUAGUACUAGUCUUUUUGUGGCAGAGUUAUUGUAGUUUGAUCGUUGUUCUAGAGUCCUUUUGUCGGGCGGAUGUAAACUUUGAUCUUCGCUGUGUAAAUGGAUGGAUGCUUCAUUUAGAUUUCUCCGUUUAUAUGUGCACUACAAAGCAUUGUCUU